AUGCUUUAUCAUGGUGUACGUUUAUCAAAUAAUGAAAUACAUAAGUUGAAAACUAAUGAAGGCAAUUUAAUAUCAAUGAAUGUUUGUUUUUCAACAACAUUAUCAAAAUCAGUAGCUUUAACGUUCACUGGUGUAACAAAUGAGAAUAGAUAUCGUAGUCAUAUUCCGGAUGAACAAGAAAAUUUACUUGACUUAGGUGCAACAUUUCAAAUUUUAUCAGUAAUUAAAGAUAAUGAUUUAUAUUUAAUAAAAAUAAAAGCAAUAGACGAAGAAAGUAAAACAACAAAAGAAUAUAUUGAAUUGAAUAAACAAGAAAUGAAAACAACAAGUGCUAUUAUUAAAGUUUGUCCAGAUAAAACUCGCAUUGUUUGA